AUGGGACUAUUAAAUUGUUUGCUAGACAAUCGGCAUUGGCCGAAACGCGUGCUCGGCAUCUCGAAACUAUCCGCUUUCGAGUUUCUUAAAACCACGCAUUCUGAUUUAUCGAAUAAUCAGUUACUGAGUCGGUUGAGAAAACAAAAUAUAGACCCCGACGAGAUCCUCGCGGAGCAUCAUCGGCAGCUUGCCUGCGAAAAAGAACUUGCGCGGAUUCUACGUAAUCUCGACGUCAGUUAUCGGAUUAUGAAAAGAAUAGGCGACGCGAGUAAAUGCGUAGAUUGGGCCGACUUGGUGAUCGCGAUCGGCGGCGACGGCACCUUUCUCUCAGCCUCGAAGCUGAUAACGAGCAACAAGACUCCAAUAUUCGGCAUUAAUCCGCAUCCCGGAACUAGCAAUACCUUCACACUGGCGAUCGAUCAUAGCGCGGACAUCGAGAGGAUAUUCGAAAAAUUGCGUACGGGGGAUUACGUUGUCUUGAUGAGAAGUCGCAUACGUACGGUAAUGACAGGAGAAGGACUCUAUCGACAGCCCUUUCACGUGCACGAAAAGAGUCGCAUACAAGGCGAAAAAAGAAUCGACGCACUCAUGAGAUCCACUCAGAGGAAAAUAGCGGAUGCCCUGCAGCCCCGCCGGAGAAUUUUACCUUGGCUGGCAUUAAACGAGGUGUUCAUGGCCGAAUUUUUAGCGUCGAGACCGAUCAUGAUGACGAUUCAGGCCGACGACGAGGAGAAGUUCGUGAUCCGUUCCUCGGGUAUCUGCGUCUGCACAGGAUCGGGUUCUCGGUCCUGGUUCAGGACGAUGAAUUUACAGACCGCUGAAACCGUUCAAACCCUCGCGGCCAUGGCAACUGGUAGGCAACUCGACGAGAAAGAAACCUGUAAAGUGUUGCACAAGUAUCAUAGUAAUCUUCUGUUCCCGCCAGAAAAUUUAAAAAUGGCAUAUAUGAUAUACGAGAUGUCUCGAAGUUCGCUCUGGCCAAAGCUUAUUUCGGACAGGCGAAUAUGUUGCAGAAUCAAGGUCAAGUCGAUGGGCUUUGAUGCUGGGCUCGUUCUAGAUGGCAGCGUGUCUUUACCCUUUAACGACGGUAGCACCGCAUCCUUCGAGAUCCGACCUGAAUACUCAUUGAAAAAUAUUAUCUUGCGAUGA